AUGCAUUGUGAGAGGUUUAUCUGUAUCCUGAGAAUAAUUGGAACUACCCUUUUUGGAGUCUCCCUCCUCCUGGGGAUCACAGCUGCUUAUAUUGUUGGCUACCAGUUUUUCCAAACGGAAAAUUAUUAUUUCUCUUUUGGACUGUAUGGUGCUUUCUUAGCCUCACAUCUUAUCAUCCAAAGCCUGUUUGCCUUUCUAGAGCACAGGAAAAUGAGAAGAUCACUAGAAACUCCUAUUAAGUUGAACAAAUCUGUGGCUCUUUGCAUUGCUGCAUACCAAGAAGACCCUGAUUACUUAAGAAAAUGUUUACUUUCUGUGAAAAGACUAACCUAUCCUGGGAUUAAGGUGGUCAUGGUCAUCGACGGCAAUUCAGACGAUGACCUGUAUAUGCUGGAGAUCUUCAGAGACGUCAUGGGCAGGGACACAGCGGCCACGUACAUCUGGAAGAAUAACUUCCACACCAAAGGCCCCGGUGAGACGGACGAGUCACAUAAAGAGAGCUCACAGUACAUAACCCAACUGGUCUUGUCCAACAAAAGUAUUUGCAUCAUGCAAAAAUGGGGUGGAAAAAGAGAAGUAAUGUAUACAGCAUUCAAAGCACUGGGGAGGAGUGUGGAUUAUGUGCAGGUGUGUGACUCAGACACCAUGCUUGAUCCUGCCUCAUCUGUGGAGAUGGUCAAGGUCUUGGAGGAAGAUCCUAUGGUUGGAGGUGUUGGUGGAGAUGUGCAGAUUUUAAAUAAAUAUGAUUCUUGGAUCUCAUUCCUAAGUAGCGUGAGAUACUGGAUGGCUUUCAACAUAGAGAGAGCUUGUCAGUCCUAUUUUGGCUGUGUCCAGUGCAUCAGUGGACCCUUGGGAAUGUACAGAAACUCUUUGCUUCACGAAUUUGUGGAAGACUGGUACAAUCAAGAAUUUAUGGGCAACCACUGUAGCUUCGGAGAUGACAGGCAUCUGACUAAUCGAGUGCUGAGCCUGGGGUAUGCCACAAAAUAUACUGCCAGAUCUAAGUGCCUUACAGAAACGCCGAUAGAGUACCUGAGAUGGCUAAACCAGCAGACCCGAUGGAGCAAGUCCUACUUCCGAGAGUGGCUGUACAAUGCCAUGUGGUUCCAUAAACAUCAUUUGUGGAUGACCUACGAAGCUGUUAUCACUGGAUUUUUUCCUUUCUUCCUCAUUGCCACAGUUAUCCAGCUCUUCUACCGGGGGAAAAUCUGGAACAUUCUCCUCUUUCUAUUGACUGUCCAGUUUGUGGGUCUCAUCAAGGCUUCCUUUGCCAGCUGCCUACGAGGGAACAUCGUCAUGGUUUUCAUGUCCUUGUAUUCAGUGUUGUACAUGUCAAGUUUACUCCCAGCAAAGAUCUUUGCCAUUGCCACCAUCAACAAGGCAGGAUGGGGCACGUCGGGUAGGAAAACCAUUGUUGUUAACUUCAUAGGACUCAUCCCAGUGUCCAUCUGGUUUACCAUCCUUCUGGGUGGGGUAAUCUUCACCAUUUACAGAGAGUCCAAAAAGGAAUUUAGCGAUUCUAAACAGACAGUUCUCAUCAUUGGUUCAUUAGUCUACGCAUGCUAUUGGGUGAUGCUAUUGACACUUUAUGUGGUACUCAUCAGCAAAUGUGGCAGGCGGAAGAAGGAGCAACAGUAUGACAUGGUGCUUGAUGUAUGA